CAUCUGUACCUGGGGAUAUAUAAAGGGACCACAGUUCAGUACAGACAACAGUAUUAGUUAAGACCGUCGAAGGGGAACAACCACUAAACAAAAUGUGGAGAUUGUUUUUACGUGUGAUGCUAAUUGGAGUCAUUUGCGCUUGUGCACUGCCUGAAAAUCCAAGCUUCAUAAAGUCCGUAAGGAAGAGGGACACGUCACAGAGAUACUGCGGUAAAAACCUUGUCAAUAUUCUCAGGUUUCUCUGCAGAAGCCAAUACAAUGGCAUAGAGGAGGAGCGAAAGAGGAGCGAAGAAACCAGCCAGAGGAAGGUAGCACGAGAUCUUGAAUACGUUCAGUGGUCUCGGCCGAAACCCGUGGAAGAACCGGAAAUACGGUUCCCCUUCCGGUCUCGCGCGGCAGCCAAUACGUUCCGAAGACAGAAACGAAACGAUGGCGGUAUUGUUGACGAAUGCUGUAUAUAUAAAGGCUGUACUGUCAAUGAACUGACAGACUAUUGUUCAUCACGGCGGUAGUUAACUUGGGCAACAAUAACUGUCAAUAACAUUACAUUAAUAAAAGUAUGGUUGUCCAAUUCCGCAUCUGUAUGAAUCACUUACGAUUAAUAUUGAGAGUUUUUAAGUUAAGCUAUUUGGAAUCGAGUAUUAAGCAAGUGUUAAAAUUAUGACAUUGGACAGAUUCUUUAAUGGAAGAUGGACAGAGCAUUUUAUGGUCCUUCGGACAUUCCUUUUAAGAUAACAAUAAUAAAAUAAUGUUACUUAUUUCAUAUAUUCUGCUUGAAGAGCAUUCAAGGUGUGGUUGUAAAUAU